CAAACCCCCUAAACACGCGUACAGAGACACUACACUGCCUUGUUAUUCGCCUUGUCCGACCAACAUGCUUCAUCACCACGACGUCAAACUCAGCCACAGCUACCUAUUGAUCUUUACCUGAGCCACACCGGCCACAUCUACACAGUACAUACCUUACUACGUAUCCGUACAUUGCAUCAGUCACACCAAGCCAAGCCAGGCAAGGCAAGGCACCGCUGCCAAGAAAACCCUCCCUCAACGUCAACGACACCUGAUGCUUUUCCUCCAACCCGCCCGGGAUCCUUAGCUUCCCGCCAGCGGAACACCUUUGCCGUUCCUUUGCAGCCUCUAGCCCUCUACUGCGUACAGACUACAGCCUUUUUGCCCAACGACACAUCCCGAAGAUUCCUUGCGCACCCUUGAUUUGUCACAUUCUCUCCCAUCCUCCCAUCUCUCCCGUCCCUCUCUCUCGUCCCCUCGACCUAUUAUCAAUCGAACCCGUUCCGACACACCCGGUACACCACUGUUUACCUGACCCUCUCACCGCUCGCAACCUUUGAGACAUUUGAUUCAUUGUCCGUUUGAAUGUCCGAUCGCCCCUCGCUGCCUGCCAGCCUUACCAAUACCCACUAGCUUAAUCCUCCUGACUCCCGCACGCGCUCCGCGCAGUCCGCGUUCCCGAUGCUACAGAGCAAGCUUACUCGCACCAUUUCCAACAUCUCCAACGUCUCCAAAGAGAGUAGAGCCAGUAGGAAAGAACGAAAGGCUGAGAGUAAGGCCGCGAGCAAGGCCAAUAGCGUCGCCAGUAGCAUAGCCGGCGCUUCCGACGAUGAGUACGACAACCCACUCGAGAAUAUCGCGCGAUGGCGCUUGACGGCCAAUGCCGUUGCCCUGCGCUCGGGGGCCGCUUUUGCCUUCGGCCUGCAGAACCUGUCCGCUCCCGUCCCACCGGCUGCGAAUAGAGUCAUCUGGCUAGACUCUACCCUCUCAGAGUGGGCCGGCAAAGAAAAGAUCAGGGUCGAUGUUUAUCUUCCUCCCACCACCUCCUCCAGCAAACCCACCGGCAAGAUCCCUGCGGUAAUCAACUUUCACGGCGGGGGCUUCAUCCUCGGACAGGGCACUGACGAUGCCCGCUGGGCUGGCGCCGUAGCCACGGCCCUUAAUGCCGUCGUCUUCUCCGUGAGCUACCGUCUGGCCCCGGGGUACCCUUUCCCCACACCGGUGGAGGACUCCGCCGACUCUAUUCUUCAGAUCGUCGCACGUGCCGAAGAAUUCCGCAUCGACAUAAACAAGGUCGUGCUGUCGGGUUUCUCGGCUGGAGGCACACUGGCCCUUGCCAGUUGGAACAUUCUCCAGGACCCUGAUCGGUGGGGAUACAAAUUUAAACUACCUGUUCCCGACAUCUCCGGCAUAGUCCUGUUCUACCCGCUCUUGGAUUGGACCAUGACUAGGCCCCAGAAGCGCAAGACAUGUGGAAAGCCAGAAAUGACUCUUCCCAAGGGCAUGACUGACCUUUUCGAUGCGUCGUACAUAUAUCCCCCGAGACCAAGGUCCGAACGUGGCGAUCCGCGUCUCUCGCCCGGUCUCAUGACAGAUGAGAUGAUAGAUCGCCUGCCACCUGUACACCUGUGCAUGUGCGAGCAUGACAUGUUGCUAUUGGAGGGAAAGGCCUUUGCGGAAAGAGUAAGAUCUCGCGGUCGCCGGGUCAGCACACGUGUUGUCGAGGCUGAGAAGCACGCCUGGGAUAAACCUCCGCCAUUCGCGCCCAAGGAAACAGUCAUGGUUGAGUACAAAGAAGCAAUAACAGCCAUUGAAGAAUGGUUUGAUAAUACAGGGAUGACGUGGAAGCUAGAGUGAGGGUUGAGUCGCCGACCUCUUGGGUGCUAGAGAGAUACCUAAGAACUGUAUACUGAUCUCCAGACGACUUUCAGACGAUUUGAUCAAAAUAGAAACCUAAUUAUGAGCAUCG